AAACGAAGGCCUAAACCACCACCAAACCUUUGCCUUCUUCCCCCUCUCUCGUUUACAGAGUCGGUAGAGAGAAAGAGAAAGAGAGACGUCGUAGAAGUCAUCAGAAUUUCCACUUUCGUCUUUCUCACCGGUGUGAAAACAUCGAUCUGUGUUUGCCAAUCAGAUUCAUUUCACUUACCGGGACUUGUGGAUCCUGAGAGAAAAAAGAUAGUUCUUAACAAUCUCUAGUUAGUUGUCUGUUGGGACGAUCGAAUCGAUCAGAGAGAGAGCCAGAGAAGUGCUUCCAAGUAUGCCGUCAGCGUUAGAACAAGAAAUCUUCUUACAGUGGGGAAACAAGAAGAGAUUGAGAUGUCUUCGAGCCAAAGACAAAAAGAUCUCUCGCUCUAAACACUCUUCUUCUCGUUUUCUAGGUCAUGAAACCUUCCUCCUUCAAUCCACUCGAUUCUCCAAAGGAUCAGAAGGGACAAGCCUCAGAUCUGGAUUACCAGAGCGACGGCCGGAGAAAGAAGAGAGGUAUUAUACUACGAGAGGUGUUGUGGAUACCAUUGGUAAAGAUUGUUUUGAUGCAAACAAUGGAGAAGAUGUCAACAUCAAGGACGAGGCUAUGUGGCCGAAGCUGUUUAUUACGUUGUCAAACAAAGAGAAGGAAGAAGAUUUCUUGGCUAUGAAAGGUUGUAAACCUUCACAUAGGCCUAAGAAGAGAGCCAAACUCAUCCAAAGAAGCUUACUUAUGGUGAGUCCUGGAACCUGGUUGGCUGAUUUGUGCCCAGAUAGAUAUGAUGUUAGGGUGAAGAAGAGCUCUAAGAAGAGGCGAGCAAGAGGAUUGAAAGCCAUGGGAAAUUUGGAGACUGAUUCAGAUUGACAAGUUUUCGUAUUGAUUCAAGCUAACUUUCGUGGGUUUACUUCUCUGAAAGAAAAAUGUAUUUUAGAUGAAAUGUAUUCGGUUGAGCACUUUGAUGUUGAACACAAGGAUAAAUCAUCUUCUUUGUGACAAUGUAUGUGCUUUGUUGUAACUUGUUGUAACAUGAUGAUGAUCUAUUACAAUCUUAUAUUGUUUCUAGAUCAUAAUCCUAUUUUGUUAUAA